UGAAGUGGGGCGGGAAGGCAUUGGAAGAGGCGGACACUUCAUUUUGGAAAAGCGGAGGGCUCUCAAACAGCAGCUUGUGAACUAUUUCGCGGCGACGCUGGGGGUGUCCUUUAUUUCACCGUGCCCAGCAACCUAUAGCUAACUGAAAGGACUGAGUUGGUACCUCCCUCUGCCCUCCUUGGAUAUUUGGUACAUUCCUCCUCCGAGCGCCAGAAGAGAGAGGCGAGCGAAGCCGGCGCCUCCAGUGCGGACGCCGCUUUCGCGUUGCGGUGCGGGGUGGGGAGCCGAGCUUCCAUUGUCCAGCGGGAAGCGUUUCUUCCAGCGGAGCGGCGACCGAGAGUCAUGGAGUACUCGAUGCAGGGAGAAGUAUGGAAAGCGCAGACCUUGAAGGAGCUGGUCGAGAUCCUGCAUCACUUGUUUGCGGGCGAUAAAGUCAAUGUGGCAGAAGUGCAAACUUUACUGGAAUCAUACGAGAGCAACCCAGAGGAGUGGAGCAAAUAUGCCCAGUUUGACCAAUUCAGAUACACAAGAAAUCUUGUUGAUAAAGGAAAUGGAAAAUUCAACCUGAUGAUCUUAUGCUGGGGAGAAGGCCACGGCAGCAGUAUCCACGAUCACACAGAUUCCCACUGCUUUAUGAAGAUCCUUCAAGGAAACCUAAAGGAAACUUUGUUUGAGUGGCCUGACAAAAAAGUGGCUGGAGACAUGCUAAAAAAAUCAGAAAGAGUGUUAAAGAGAAAUCAGUGUGCCUAUAUUAAUGACUCCAUUGGUUUGCACCGUGUGGAGAACCCAAGCCACACCGAAACAGCUGUUAGUGUCCACUUGUACAGUCCACCUUUUGAAACCUGCCAGACCUUUGAUCAAAGAACUGGGCACAAGCAAAAAGUUAAAAUGACAUUCUAUAGUCAAUUUGGAGAAAGGACCCCAUAUACUUCAGCAGUUUCCCAAGAGAACAACUGAGAAGCACAAAACUUACUGAAUUACAUAUUCUUUUAUUUUGUUAGGAUCUGUUUGAGUAAGAGCAGAAGAAUUAUGUGGUUAAUGCCAGUACCAAGCUGUAUCUUUAUGCAGGACUACGUAGCUGUCCUAGAUGAAAAACAGCUUCAUAGCUAUGAUUCCUUUCCCUGUUCCUCUCCCCCUCUCCACCCACCCCAGCCCCCCACUAAGGGAAGUGCAGAAUAUAGAAGACUCUUGCAGUCAUCCAUUAAAUAAGAGCAGGGGGCAGGUCUCCGGAAUGAAUGUAUACCAGUUAAACUAGUUGUGUAACUUGUUAAACUCCAGUCCAUGUCAACAUUAACUCAUACCUAGUGUAUACACUAUGAUGUAAACAGAAUUCUUUUUAUCCUGGAUAUAAUGAUUUUUUUUGGAAUUUUUGUGCAUUUUAAAAUCUAACGUGUAAGUUUUGUGUUUCUUUUUUAAUAGGAGCAAUAAGGAAUAUCUUGUAAAAUAUUUUUAUUCAGGAACAAGUGUCUGUGGUUAAGUUAAGGUUGGUGAAUGGGCUCAACUUCUAAUGAUUAAGGGGUUGUAUUCUUAAAACCUGUACAAUUACCUUAAUAAAACUGACUUUAAGA